CGCGGAUACAUGCAAGGGAGGCCUAUCCUACCGCUACCUCAACUCUGCAAAUGCCAAGUCAGCAAGCUCCAGGCCAGCAAGCUCAGCGAAUCAAAGCUCCACUGCCACCACCGCUGCUGCAAGCUCCACCUGCAGCACCGAACGUCUCCAAUGCUAUCAUCCGAUUCAUCCCGUAUCAACCGCCGCAGAAUGCUGCUCCGUACCAACAGCCACGUGGCGGCAUGAACGGGAACGGGUCGCGCGGAUGGAACAAUAGGCCCCGAGAUACCGGGGGACAGGGGGAAGGCCUCAUGAUACUGCGAGAGAUUUGGAACGAAAGGUGGGAAGAGAGGGAAAGGAGACGAGAUGAGGAAGAUCGAAGAGUGAGAGAGGAGCAAGCAAGACUGGCACGGGAGGAGGAGCAACGAGGAUUGGAACAGGAGGAGAAGAGAGAGGCUGAUCGAGAAGCAAGACUGGCACAAAUUAUUCAAGAACAGAUGGAGGAAAUUGAGGCGAAAAAGCGGGGAGGAUCAGCCGAAAGCAGUAAAAAGAACUGGGACAAAGUUGAUCCUCCAGUGAAGGAAGGGGGAGAACAGCAAGGGCGGGGAAAGCAGGGACAGCAAGAAGAGAGACAAGGAACCAUGGCAGGGAGUUCAGAGAACCCGCAGCAACAAGGUUCUGGCAGACCAAGAGUUGAUAAUGUCACUACUCCAUUGGAUACCGGCCUCAUCAGAAUGGACAUCGAUACUGUAAGAAAAGCUCAAGAGGCUCAGGCGGCUAUGUUCCAUCAAAUGCUCUGUUGCCUCGAAGCGAUUAGGCAGCAGGUCGCGGGGUUGUCCUCAGCGGCUGUUCAAAACACGCAGGCUCCUGCUGCAGCCCAUCCGGCACCUCCCGCACAAGCUCCUCCUCCUGUCUCUCCUCCCAACCCUCCUGCACCCCAACCUCCUGUCCCUCCUCCUAGCCCUCCGGCACCACAUCCUCCUCCAUCCCCUCCAACCUUCCACGCUCCCGUUUCUCCGGCUUCACGCCCUCCUGCACCAUCAGCACCUAACCACCGUGUGUCAUCAACUGAGCCUGGUCCAUCCAGGUCACGGUCCGAGCGGAAUGACACCCCCACAGGGGGAGGUUUCUCCGCCAGGCUGGCAGGGAUGUUUUCUUCGGUUGCCGGUACCGGUACUAGGAGGCGAUCCAAUGGCAUCACUAUCAACAAACCAACCAAUCAGGAGUUGGGAUUCGACCACGUCAUCAGGGGCAAGAAAGCUGUCAAAGCCUGCCGUGGCCGGACCUAGGAAGGAAGGAAGAAAGAAAUAUGUGGAAGAGCUUGCAGAUGUGUUAUUCGCUAAGACCAAGCACGAACUGGAGGAGCUAUGCAAGAAAGACAAGAUCAAGUACGUAAAUAAGAAGAUUACGAGCGCCGCUUUGGCUC